GAUUGACAGUGAGUAACCGACCCGAGGCGGCGUUUCGCAGGGGGUGGUGCCGACAUGAAAGUGGUCCCGACGAAGCGACUCGCAUCGGUAGUGCGCGGCCGUGUCAAACCCGUCCUAGAACUGCUUCAGAAGGCCAGCCCGUCGGCCAAACACUUGAGCGCCGAGUCGCAGCAACUCCUCGCCGAGUUGAGCCGAACGAAACGUCGCGUGAGCCGGUUUUGGAUUGAAAAGGGGGUCGUGGUCGUCGAUGCGUUGCAGAUCUACGGUCUCAUGUGGCAACUCGCCCAAAUUUGGCCGUGGCCGUCCAAAUGGCUCGCCUUGACGCGGUGGACCGUCCUCUUCAACUUGGAUUUUCUUAGCCUCAUGCCAACGGGAGCUGGCAUGGGCCAGGCGACGCCGGCCUUUUCGCACUGGGGGGACUUGCCGCACUACUGGGUGUACGCGUUAGUGUUUGCCAUGAUGCCGUAUGUGCUGACUUUGGGUUCGUAUGCCGCGUUUCGACGGUGGCGGGCGUCGGGGGACGUGGCCUUUUUGUCCAAACGAGCGGUGCUCGAGAAUCGUGUGUUGUUUGUCUUGCAGUUUAUGUACUUGCCGAUUGGCUUGACCGUGGGGCGGCUGUGGCACUGCCAAGACUCGAUCAACCCUCUCGACCCGACGCAACUCGUAUCCACGAUGAGCGUAGAUGCCACCGUGUCCUGUGGGGGAGCCAUGCAUUCCGCCUCCCUCAUUUGCAUUGCUGGGGUGCUCGGUCUUCCGUUUCUCGUCGGGUUUCCCGUGUGGCUGCGCCGUAGCAUCAACAUCGUCGGCGCGUUCGGAGAACCAGACCGCCACGAGCACUUUAUUCAGGGCAAAGAGUUGGCAUACCUGCUCCAUGUGUCCGACGACUACUACGUGCUGAACGUGGCGCAGUAUGCGUCGUAUACGCAAAAGAUGCGGCUGUUUCCAGUUCACGUGUGUGUGUGGAAGCUCGUGCUUCUCGCCAUCUUUACGUUUGGCCGGUCUCGGUACCCGUCGCUCGCGAUGCAGCCAAUGCAAGGGACAGGAUUUGCCAUGGUGGUGUUGGUGGUCGUGUCGUACCGGUCGUGGUGGGCCUCACCGUAUCGAUGUCGCAGCACGGCGCAGCUCAGUUUCAUCGUGGAUGUUUUGCUCGCAUUCGAUGCCGUCAUGGUUGUCCUAUCUGCCAACCCCAUCAAGAGCGCGCUGACCGUCGCGUCCGUCAAGGUCGCGGUACUCGGGUUUGUCCACACUGUGGGGGCAAUUCUCGUUAUGAGCCACCUUGUCGGCACGUGGUGGAAGAAAAGAGCGCGGCAGCUCAACUGGCCGACGCAUAUUCACAUGCAAGCACUUGUGCACCACGUGCCACAAGUGACUGCGUGGGUUGCGGCGUUAAAAGCUGCUGACCACGUAUUGCAACGGUCGUUUGCGUUGCCGGCGCAAGUGCAGCCCAUGGACGAACUGGCCGCCGUCGUCACCGAGCUGCAAAAGUGUGCUGCCGAAGCGGCCGGCCUUGACCACCUCCUCCAUGAUCUGUUGCACGAAACAGCGGCAAUCGUGCAUGCAGCGCAUGUGGAAGCAUUGGGGUCGGCCGUUCUCACCGCCGAGCGCAUCGACGAUUGUGUGCACGCCUUCACGUCGCAGCUCGAGCAUUACAAAGACAAGCAUGACACCCUGCACCCCCACAAACGAAAUGCUUUGCGCACGUUGCACGUUGCAAAGACGUGGCAAGUCCCUGCUGGCCUGUGCCAGGUGACUGUCCAGCCGAAACAAGCUCCUGCGGAAAGCGACAUGCCACACAAUGCAUUCCUCCACAUCGACGUGUGUGUGUCUGCCGUCCCCGAGCUCAAUUUGCCGUCAAAUGUGUCAGCGUUUUCAGCCAUCUUACGGCCCUCCAUCCCACACGCGCCACGUGCCGAGGAAGCACCAGACGUCGCUAUCGCCGUCCACUGGAGUGCAAUCCUCGCCGUGGAAAGCCCUGCGUGGAUCGAAUCGCCGGCACAACAUUGCGAUGUCGAGGUGGCCGUGGUGGUCCAAUUCGACAAUCCAUGGCUGCUGGUGAAGCUGGCCCUGCUCGACGAUUCCGGGUGGACGGUGUUGCAAGGCUGGGUUCACGUGGCGUCGCCAGCAGUGUGCUUACUCCAUUGCCACGACUCGAACAGUGUGAAUCUCUUCCACGACUUGCAGAGCCAGCAACAAACACGGCAGUUGAUCCCAUCGCCGGUGGAUGCAUCCGUUGUGGCUGCAUUGAUCGACGCGUCCCGAGCUGCGUCCAAGGCGAUGGCGUCACCGACACUCCAUGCAAAGCUACAACAACAGUGGAGGCAAUGUAUCCAGCAGUGGACCAUCCAUUUUGUCCGUCGCUUUCACCGACUUCCGACCGAUGCAGACAAGGCCAAGAUUCGGCUGUGGUAUUCCCUCUACCAUGCGUUGAAAGCCUCGCCGCCGCCGCCACAUCGCUCUCAUGUCGUGUAGGAUAUAUCACAAAAAGUCUAAAUAGGAGCUGCAGCUCGUGGGGUGCUACAGUUGCGGCAGGGGGUGCACCGAUCGGACUUUGUCUUUGCCCGCGGAUUUGGGGUGUAUCAGGGGGCGACAGAGCGCUGGCAUGGGUUUCUUGGUGUCCGGGGCAGAGUCCCGACGGACUGAGCCGCCUGUGGCAGGACGGACUUUGGCCUUCACGUUGAUCUGAAUCUGUGCGACCGACUGAAUCGGCCGAAGGCCUUGGACAUGGGCAUUCCCUGCACAGACAAAGUUGGAGUGGCGGCGGGGAGGCGGACAGCUUGGCUUGGGCUGUUGCUGCUGGAGAACGUAGCGGAGGUAUGCUGACGCGUCAAAGUCCAUGGACUUGCCCAACAACACUUGGAGGGCCUUUUGUUCGGCUUGGAGUUGCAGCUUUUGAUGGAACUGCAACAAACUCAUUUGGGCACCAAGCGGUGGAGCCGUGGCGGGUGUGCAAGGUGGGGAGUCGCCGCCAUGGGAUUCGUGGCAGCUGCGUGGUUGCCCUAUGGUCGUAGCAGGUGCUUGGAGGAUCUCGCGAAGGCGCUUCAGGACGCGUUGGUACUCUGUCAAAGUUGUGUCCGUCACCCACUACCACCAGUUGAGUUGGAUGGAUCCAGAACGAGGUGCCUUACGUGCUCGACGAAAAAGUAAAGCGAUGCACAAAAACAGCUCACGUCCAUCCGUUCCAUGCCUCGCCGGUCGUAUUCCCACCCUCGGUGGAGGAUGGAUGCUCCCAGCCCCACGUCCCAGUCGGUGGUAAGUCCUGUUGAUGGAUGACGAGGCGUCAUCGCACCAUGGCAAAGCAUUACCUCCAAGAAGCGUAGCGUAAAACUGAUGGUACCCAUCUCGCGCGAGUCCUGGAGCCGUGGCGCAUCCUUCAGCUACCGUCGGCUUGACGCACAUCGACCUAAAAGAGGUUGACCUGGGCCACAACUGUCGACAGCGCUCUCACCAAAACGACUUGAGCUGUUUCUGGAUGGUUGGAUGAGUCAUGAUGGCGGUGCGCUUCCUCUGGAGCUCGUUGUGCCGCCGCAGGAUAUCCGCGAGUGCCGGGUCCAGUUCGUGGCGAUGCCUUUCUUUCACUGGCUUGUCGGGGGCUGCGGCUGGCGUGCACGUUGUGCCUAGGUGUUGGCUGCGAGGACCGAGUCUGGGCCGUGGACUUGAGACGAGAAUGACUGGUUCGUCCGAGGUUUCGAUGGCGUCGAGAGCUUGGUCGCUCACGUCAGGGUGACAUGGCGUCGCCUCGGCAUUCGCCACUGGCACGCCCGUCAAGAGAGGGGCAGUCAGGUCAGGGUGUUGAAGGAGUAUGCGGCGGUACAACUCGUCUGGAUCCAUCACGUCGUCUUCGUCGGAGCAGGGCAAGCCAACACUAGGGACAACAUCAUCGCCAACAGAAUUGCCGGUCGCAGCGGGGGCGGCCGCAGGAGCGAAGGACGUCGUCGUGGGUCGUUGUUCCGAUCCUGAAAUGGUCGGGUAUUCGAUCUCUUUCAGAAAGUCCGACAGGCCCAAUGGCGCUACAUCUUCCUCGCACGACGAUGGGCUGUCCGUGGCGGUCGAUGUGAGGUGGUCUACGAUCGUGAACCGCCGAACCAUGCUCGACGUCGCGCCGCCAUCGACACCAAAGCGGAG